AUGUACGUCGCUAUCCAGGCUGUGCUCUCCCUCUACGCCUCCGGACGUACCACUGGAGUCGUCCUCGACUCUGGAGAUGGUGUCACCCACACUGUCCCCAUCUAUGAGGGUUAUGCCCUUCCCCACGCCAUUCUCCGUCUUGAUCUUGCCGGACGUGAUCUUACUGAUUACUUGAUGAAGAUCCUCACUGAGCGUGGUUACUCGUUCACAACCACGGCCGAGCGUGAAAUUGUCAGAGAUAUCAAGGAGAAGCUCUGCUACGUCGCCCUCGACUUCGAACAAGAGAUGGCUACCGCCGCCUCAUCCUCAUCUCUCGAGAAGUCCUAUGAACUUCCUGACGGUCAAGUCAUCACUGUCGGUAACGAGCGAUUCCGUUGCCCCGAAGCCAUGUUCCAGCCUUCCUUCAUAGGUAUGGAAUCUGCUGGUAUCCAUGAGAACUCAUACAAUUCAAUUAUGAAGUGCGAUAUCGAUAUCCGUAAGGACUUGUACGCCAACACUGUCCUCUCCGGCGGUAGCACCAAUGUACCCUGGAAUCGCCGAUCGUAUGCAGAAGGAAAUGACCGCUCUUGCCCCCAGCACCAUGAAGAUCAAGAUCAUCGCUCCCCCUGA